UUGAGAAGAAGAACAAUGAGGAGAAGAAGAGGAGAAAGAAGCAGACAAAGAAUGGUCCUUUAGAUUUCAGAUGUCAACAAGUCAACUUGUUUUGUUCUCCCCUCGCUGAGACAAUAUCUUCUUCACACUUUCAGUUAGAGACCAGAACUCUCUCUCUCUCUCUCUCUCUCUCUAUCCAUUCUUGUCUGAAAUGGACCCAGAUGUUUCUAAUCGCAAGGACUUUCCUGUUGAUCCUGAUACAAGACGCAAUUCUGCCGACUGUGGUGGUAGUGGUGCGAGGUAUAAACUCAUGUCUCCGGCGAAACUUCCGAUCUCCAGAUCGGCUUAUAUCACUGUCCCUCCUGGCUUAAGUCCUACUUCUUUUCUGGAGUCUCCUGUUCUUCUCUCCAACAUUAAGGCAGAACCUUCUCCUACUACUGGUUCAUUGUUCAAGCCGCAAGCACUUCAUGCUAAUACAGGGAGAACAAUUCAGCAGAAUAUCUCUGAAGAACAAAAGUCUAGCGAAUUUGAGUUUAGACCUCAUGCAUCCAAUAUGUUCUCUGCAGAGGUAGACAAGCAUAGAAGUGGAUCGCCACUCCUCCAGUUUCAAAGUCAAGGCCAUAGUUCCAAAUACUCACCAUCUUCACUCACUGAGGCUGCAGCUUCCUCAACUGAGAUAAGCCGACAAACUGUUCCUCAUCAGACGACAACCUCGGUGUCUGAUAUUCCUGAGAGAUCUGAUCCAGAUGAAUCAGUUCAGACAUCCCAAAACGAUCUCAAAGCAACUGCACCGUCGAUCUUGGCUGAUGAUGGCUAUAACUGGAGAAAAUACGGUCAAAAACAUGUGAAAGGAAGUGAAUUUCCACGGAGCUAUUAUAAAUGCACACAUCCAAAUUGUGAAGUGAAAAAGCUAUUCGAAAGGUCUCAUGAUGGACUGAUAACUGAGAUUAUAUACAAGGGAACACAUGACCAUCCUAAACCGCAACCAAGCCGGCGAAACUCAGGUGGUCUUGUUAUGCCUGCACAAGAAGAAAGGCUGGACAAGCAUUCUUCUUUAAACAGCCGAGAUGAGAAGGGAUCUAGCUUCUACAACUUGUCUCCUCCUGCUGAGCAAAACGGUAAUCCAGAUGUAUCUGCUGUCUCUGCAAAUGACGAGGGUAAAGACGUUGCAAUGUUAAAUAGGAACAACGAUGACAUGGAUGACAAUGAUCCAUUCUCAAAACGAAGGAGGUUGGAUGGAGCAAUGGAAAUAACUCCACUUGUUAAACCAAUAAGAGAACCUCGUGUUGUUGUUCAAACUCUGAGUGAAGUUGACAUAUUGGAUGAUGGGUAUAGGUGGCGUAAAUAUGGUCAGAAAGUUGUAAGAGGCAACCCUAAUCCCAGGAGCUAUUACAAAUGCACGGCUACUGGAUGUCCAGUAAGAAAACAUGUGGAGAGAGCGUCACACGAUCCAAAAGCUGUUAUAACCACAUACGAAGGCAAACACAAUCACGAUGUACCAACAGCAAGGUCAAACAGCAACAACAACAACAACAAUCAUGACAUGUCAGUGCCCAGAUUCAGACCAGAAGAGACCACUGACACAAUCAGCCUCGACUUAGGUGUUGGAAUUGCAUCUGGCGAUCCUGAUCACACAUCAAACGAGCAUCCACAUCCUCAUCAGCAGCAACAACAACAUAUUCGUUCUGAAUUUAUUCACCAAACUCAAACCAAUGGAACUGCUGGAUUCAGGUUUGUUCAUGGACCUCCCAUGGGAUCCUACUAUGGCAAUAGCUUAAACGCCGGUAUCAAUCAUCAAUAUAACGGAUCAAGAGAAACCGCACCCGAGGCUCAAACAGGUGACAUCUCUUCCUCUUACCCAUAUUCACAUAACAUAGGGAGAAUACAGUCUGGUCCCUAGAUGAGAAUGGUCUCCACAAAGCACAGUAACACAAAAGGAGGAAAAACAUAGUGCUCCUUACUUUCCAUUCUUUAUCUUGAUUCUUCUUAGGUUAGGAAUGGAAUAACACUGUUCUCUGUAAUUUAUGAUCUAUAUAACUGUACCUGUAUGUAUGAAUAUCAAGACACACUAAGAUAGAGAUGUUGGUCUUAAUCUCCCAACAUAUUUGUUUGUUUUUUUCUUGAA